UUUGAAAUGCUGAAGAGGAGAUUACGGUUUUGCCACAACUUGCGCUUCAGGCUUUUCUUGGGUCUAACUCUUAUUUUAGUAAUCAUUUCAGUUUUGAAAGUUAACCAGAAGCAAGAUUUCUUAAAUCGGAGGCAUCUAGAGCUGACAAAAGAAGAUCCUAUUGGCAAUGUUAACUGCACCAAGAUUAUAGAGGGGGAUAUAGAAGAAAUUCAAAAGGUAAAGCUUGAGACGUUGUCAGUGUCAUUUAAGAAACGCCCCAGACUAACAACAGGUGAUUAUAUUAACAUGACGGCAGACUGUGCCUCCUUCACCAAGACUAGGAAAUAUGUUAUGGAACCUCUCAGCAAUGAAGAAGCAGAAUUUCCAAUUGCUUACUCAAUAGUGGUUUAUCACAAAAUUGAGAUGCUUGAUAGACUUCUAAGAUCAAUCUAUGCCCCUCAGAAUUUUUACUGCAUUCAUGUUGACAAAAAGUCUCCAGAAUCUUUUUUUGCUGCUGUGAAGGGAAUAGUCUCAUGUUUUGAUAAUGUCUUUAUUUCCAGCCAGUUGGAGAGUGUUGUAUAUGCUUCAUGGAGCAGGGUGCAGGCAGACAUUAACUGCAUGACAGAUCUCUACAGAAGAAGUUCAAACUGGAAAUACCUAAUAAACCUCUGUGGCAUGGACUUUCCUAUAAAGACCAACCAGGAAAUAGUAGAGAAAUUAAAAGCCCUUAAAGGUGAAAACAGCUUGGAAACAGAAAAAAUGCCUGUUUAUAAAGAAGUAAGGUGGAAAAAACACCAUGAGAUCAUUGAUGGUAAAAUAAAGAACACAGGCAUAGACAAACAACUACCACCUCUUAGUACUCCAAUUUUUUCUGGUAGUGCCUAUUUUGUAGUUAGCAGAAGAUUUGUAGAAUACGUAUUAGAAAGCAGCAAAAUACUUAAGUUCAUUGAGUGGGCAAAAGACACUUAUAGCCCAGAUGAGUACCUGUGGGCCACAAUUCAGAGAAUCCCUGAAGUCCCGGGUGCAGUUUCUUCUAGUGACAAGUAUGACGUUUCUGACAUGAAUGCACUGGCCAGGUUUGUCAAGUGGCAGUACUUUGAAGGUGACAUGUCCAAAGGUGCACCCUACCCACCAUGCAGUGGAGUUCAUGUUCGCUCUGUGUGUGUUUUUGGGGUGGGAGACCUGAACUGGAUGCUACGAAACCACCACUUCUUUGCUAAUAAGUUUGACACUGAUGUUGACCCUUUUGCAGUGAAAUGUUUGGAAGAGUAUUUGCGACACAAAGCUUUGUAUCUGCAAAAGAACUGA